AUGACUUUGCGCAACGGAUCACUACACAUCACGGACCUAGAGAGAACAGACCAAGGGAAGUACGUGUGUACCGCAAAGUUUCCCAGCAGUCUACCGAGCAUCACAUCUCCUGCCAGUUUGGAACUCUACGCCGUUCUGGACGUCAAAGUCGUCGUGUCGCGCGGUACCUCAUCGGGUAACGUAUCGGUGACGUGUCACGUGUCGGGCAGCCGACCAAUCACCGUCGAAUUUCUGCGCGACGGAGCAACGCAGAGAAACGUGACUACACGACAACACGACCCGCUCACCGUCGAGAUACCAGUCGUUGUAGGAAACAUCGUCCAAUGUGUAGCCUCCAAUAAAGAAGGAAGCAAACAGGCCAGCCACUACAUUGACGCGGUACCAGCAGGUGUGCAUACUACCAGAGGGAUGUCGUUCAGCAUGUCUACAGCACACUAUGGCAUCCGUUCUACACCGACCAUCACUCCCAUACCGACCCUAACGGUCACACAUCUGCGACCAUCGCCUAGUCCACGGUCUGGACCGGUUACGAGCUUAUCCUUAAUUCAACCGACUCAGCGUCCGUCAUCUCUUCCACCGGUGUCGCCAAAAUCGCCGCCUUCCUCAAGCGACCAGUCCGAUUCGACAGCGAAUCAUUUGGGCGAUUUAAGACGAGAUGGUCUUCACACGGGUGUCUUUGCUUUCUGUCUCAUUGUUGUUGUGGUCGUUUUGUUCGCUCUUGUGCUGCUCUACCGCAAAUACAAAACAUCUUCAUAUCCGAUUGAAAUGCGGCAGAAACAACAGGCUAAUCCUCGUUUGUCACAAAUGUGGGAGGAUGACGUACGCAACGUGGAUAUUCCUCUUCCCCAGUUGAUCUCGCUUACCAACCAUUACGAUGAAGUAGCGCCGGACGAGAUUCCAGUGGGACAACCAGCGAUCGCACUUGCGACAAUAAAAAUAAAUACAGACGACGAUACAGAACACAUUCAUGUGAUCGAUACUGAUACAACACAAGAUUCAAAUGACAGCAAGAAAGAGCCGUCUCAAGACGAUGCGGAAAUCUACGCAAAUCCCACUAUUGGGUCGACCAAUGCUUCUCCUAGAGAUGACACUCAAAGCUCCAGCCAUGGGUAUGCGAACGUUGGUUUUACUGCCGUCGGAUAUGAUACCGUCUGUUGAACAGUUUGCGGUAUUGCUAGUGGAGGAUUGUUACAGGCAAGAUGUUGUAAAUAGGACAUAUUACAAGAAUUGACUGUUAAUUUAUUAUGAUUUUGAUCAGAAUUUAGUUUUGAUUCUAGAUACUAGA